AUGGUCCUCUCCUUCAUCUUGAUACAGAACCGGCAGGGAAAGACGCGCCUGGCCAAAUGGUAUGCGCCGUACAGUGACGAAGAGAAAGUAAAGCUAAAAGGCGAGAUCCACCGCCUCGUCGCCCCCCGCGACCAGAAACACCAAUCCAACUUUGUCGAAUUCCGUGGCUCCUCCAAAAUCGUCUACCGCCGCUACGCCGGUCUCUUCUUUUGCGCCUGCGUUGACGCAAACGACAAUGAAUUAGCAUACCUGGAAGCCAUACAUUUCUUCGUCGAAGUGCUGGAUCAGUUCUUUGGGAACGUGUGUGAGUUGGACUUGGUGUUUAACUUUUACAAGGUUUACGCUAUCCUUGAUGAAGUGUUCCUGGCCGGAGAGAUUGAAGAGACGAGUAAACAGGUCGUGUUGACGAGGUUGGAGCAUUUGGACAAACUUGAGUAG